AUGGAUCACCAACAACUAACCAUGUUCCCCCUUCGGAAGCUGCCAGGUCGUAACAGGGGGCACCCCGAAGACAUUGACUACAUUGUUGUUACCGAUGGCGAGGAGAUCCUCGGCAUCGGGGAUCAAGGCGUAGGUGGCAUUCUCAUCUCAGUGGCGAAACUCGUUCUCACUACUGUCUGUGCCGGCAUACACCCGAACCGUACCUUACCCGUGGUUCUCGACUGCGGUACGGACAAUGAAGAUCACCUCAACAAUGAACUGUACUUGGGAUUGCGACAGAAGCGUGUGCGCGGGGCCGAGUACGACCGCUUCGUCGACACGUUUGUGAAAGCCGCCCGUCGCCUGUAUCCGCGCGCGUACAUCCAUUUCGAAGACUUUGGUCUUGCGAACGCCCGCCGUAUCCUUGACCAGUACCGUCCCCAUAUCCCGUGCUUCAACGACGAUGUACAAGGCACAGGUUGUGUCACACUAGCCGCUAUCCUGGCUGGCCUUCACGUGAGCAAGCAAGAACUCACCGACUUGCGUCUCGUCAUUUUCGGAGCCGGAUCAGCAGGAGUUGGUAUAGCUGAUCAGGUUCGAGACGCUAUCGCGGCCAAGGGCAACAUGAGCAAGGACAAGGCGGCUGAACAGAUCUGGCUCAUUGACAAGCCAGGCCUGCUUACAACCGCCCUCGACGUAUCGCCCGCUCAACAAGGCUUCUGUAAGGAUGCGUCAGAGUGGGAAGGCAAGGACACUUCGCUUCUCUCCGUCAUCAAAAUUGUACAGCCGAAUGUUUUGAUUGGCACGUCGACUGUGCCCAAAUCAUUCACCGAGGAAAUUGUAAGAACCAUGGCCAAGGGCGCCGAAAGACCUAUCAUCCUGCCGCUUUCGAACCCGACACGGCUUCACGAGGCGGCUCCCGAAGAUCUACUCAAGUGGACCGGCGGAAAGGCGCUCGUUGCUACAGGCUCGCCUUUCAAACCCGUCAAGGGGCCCUGGGGCGAGAACGGUUCGGAGGUGGAGAUUGAAAUCGCCGAGUGUAACAAUUCGGUCGUCUUUCCGGGCAUAGGUCUCGGAUCUGUGCUUUCCCGCGCCAGCCUCAUCACAGACAAAAUGCUCGUGGCGGCAGUCGAGGCAGUCGCGGGACUGGGCCCAGCCCUUAAGGAUCAAAGGGCCCCGCUGUUGCCGGGUGUUGAUAUUGUACGCGACGUCAGCGUGCGGGUUGCGAGGAAUGUGAUUAAGGCUGCCGUUGCUGAGAGUGUGGCAACCGAGAAGGACAUCCCAAAAAAUGACACUGACCUUGACGAGUGGAUUAGGGAUCAGAUGUGGAAACCGGAGUAUCGGCCGCUGAAGUUUGUGGGGAUGGAGGACGCGUCCAGGGAGGCGAAGGGCCAGAUGAGGGUAGCCGGCAGUGCCAGCCGGAUUUCUGGCACUUCAAGUCGUCCGAAGUUUAUGCUCAGUCACUCUCAGUCCCUCUACAAGACAAAGGCCACGUGA